AUGGUACUAUCGGAGGAUAUAAUAUGCCGACGUCUACGUGCAGUUGAUCAUUCGUCUGAAUCCAUUCAAACAACUUCAAUGUGGAUUCUUCAUCAUAAGGAUUCAGUUGCUGAAAUUGUCAACUGCUGGCUAAAUCUUUUUAAGACAGCUGAUGAAACCCUUCAAGUAGCGUUGUUCUAUGUAGCAAACGACGUGUGUCAGAAAGCGAAGAAGAAAGGUGACUCUCAUGCACUGUUGGUUGCAUUUGCUCCGCAGUGGAUCAGUGCUAUAAAUCAUUCAAGGAAUAGUGAAAUGGUUCGGAAAGCUGUUACAAGAAUUCUUGACAUUUUUGAUCAACGUCAAAUCUACUCGAAAUCUCAACUUGCCGACAUGCGCGGAUCAUUGACAGAUGAUGGAAAUGAGACUGAUGAAAACGCUUUGCUUGAAUUCGAUAGCGCUUCAUUAAUCCGUGAAUUAGAGUCUUAUCAGAAGGGAGAUAUGGUUAUGGAACGUGCUCGUGAAGUACUCGCCAGGAGUGAUUUUAGCUUCAAAGAUAAAAUGAAGAAUCGAGUUAAAGAUAGACGUGAUGGCGAGAAAGUUCUUUUAGAAAUAGAUCAAUCGUAUAAGAAACUGAAUGAUUUCCUUGAAGCACUUACGAAACACAAAACUAAAGGAGAACGUUUGGCUGAACUGCUUGAUGAAGCUAAAAAGUUUUACGCUCUUCAGUUGCGUGAUGUCACCGUGGUUGAGGAUGCAUACCGUAAAUUUGGAAUUGGCAUUUCAUUGGUAAGGUCCGAAGUAGAUGAAAUGCUGAAAAGUGGUGUUUAUCCAGGUGCAUCGCCACCUCGAGAUGCACCCUCACCUACAGCAAAUGAUGACCCAUUUGUCGCUGGUGUGGAACAAGCUUUUAAUCAAAUGCGAAAGCCGAAAGACAGUAUCACGGAAACAAUGGAUAUGAUGAAGAAUGAUCAGCACAUUAUCACAGAUUCACUUCAUGUACGAACUAAUCAAUCGUUUGCUGGCUCCUCAGAAGAUGUUUUGAGAGUAAUGCAAGGGGUGACUGGUGGAUCAUAUCCGAUGGACAGUAGAAUGAUAGAAGAAGAACAACAAGUUUCUCUCAGUCUAAACGAUAAUCAGGUGGUUCCUUCACGGAGGAGUUCAUCUUAUCAGUUAUCGAUAUCGAAUACUAAUAAUGAUGAUAAAAACGACAACAACAGGAACAGUAAUUCAAUGGGUACAGCUUUAGGCCAACAGCAGAAAUCACAGCCAGAAACACCAGUAACAGCCACAGACAGAAGCAGUCGAAUGGAUCCAACAGUUUUGAUUGCAGCUAGAGCAGGUUCGAAUAUUCAUGAAGCCUGUUCAGAAGAGCAGUCAUUAGUGAUGACAGCAUCACGUAGCAGUCAUGUUUCAAACACCGGUCAGAUCUCAUCACAACAGCUAGUAUCGAUCGCGUCACCAAUCAUUCCCUCCGGUUUGGCAAGCCAGCCUCAAACUGAAGCUCAACCUCUUCCGCACAUCCCACCUUCAUCGACAGUCGGUCAAAGUUUUGCUAACACGAUCACGACACCUACAGUCGGAGGAGGAAUGUCUACUGCCUCCUCAAAUCAACCGAUGCCAUCAGCAGAACAACAACAGCAAACAAUUUAUGCUAGUCGAACGUUUCCACCACCUUGGCUUCUUGGUCCACCACCGAAUAUUGCCUCAUCAUCAUCUUCGUGUCAAAAUAUGCCUUAUCCAUCUGCUUCAGCCUCACUGAUUUCAAUUGAACAAGCAUCAAAUUCAGUGUCCUUGUCAUUAUCAACGCCAACCAGCAGUGUGAUACAUGUAAAUUCUCAAAGCCAAACCCAAACGCAAAGCAACAAUCCUGCACUCAUAGCACCACAGUCAUUCCUUCACAUCUCUCCAUCACCGUCAAUCUACAAUCGGCCUCUAGCUACAACUACAACAACAACGACUCCAGUUCACAUUGAUGCAACAACAACUAAUAUCUAUCAGAUGCCCUCACCUAAUCCAGCACCGCAGUCGAUCCAUUUCUCACCCAAUAUUAGAACAAAUAAGAGUGACUAUGAUUAUCAACGUGAUUUCAAUAGAAAACGAUCAUAUGAACGUCGUCAGUCCAAUACAAAACGUAUUCGCUUUAACAACGAACGAUUUGUGAGCUUGAGAGAAGAGCGCACACGAUAUCGUGAUCAAUAUGAAUAUGCAACCAAUUUUUCCAGUCGAUCUGAUUACUCAUCACAUCGAAGUAGUCGUUAA